CCUGCCAGGAGCUCCUGCCGGAAGAUGGCGGCGGCCGCAGAGCUGACGCUGCUGGAGAAAUCCCUGGGGCUGAGUAAAGGGAACAAAUACAGCGCUCAGGGCGAGCGCCAGAUUCCAGUUCUUCAAACAAACAAUGGUCCAAGUCUAACAGGACUGACUACUAUAGCAGCUCAUCUUGUCAAGCAGGCCAACAAAGAAUAUUUGCUUGGGAGCACUGCAGAAGAAAAAGCAAUCGUUCAGCAGUGGUUGGAAUACAGAGUAACUCGAGUAGAUGGACACUCCAAUAAAGACGAUAUCCGCACUCUGUUGAAGGAUCUUAAUUCAUAUCUUGAAGAUAAAGUCUACCUUACAGGAUAUAACUUUACCUUAGCAGAUAUCCUAUUGUACUAUGGACUUCAUCGCUUUAUAGUUGACCUGACAGUUCAAGAAAAGGAGAAAUAUCUAAAUGUGUCUCGCUGGUUUUGUCACAUUCAGCAUUAUCCAGGGAUCAGGCAACAUCUGUCCAUUGUUGUCUUCAUCAAGAACAGACUAUAUACUAAUUCCCACUAGGAGCUAUCCAUGACAUACAGAGGCAUGAUCACAAAUAUUUUAAAUGGAAAGUAUAUUCUGGACCAGAGAAAUAACGUAAAUGGAUACACAGUCAUUCUUUAUUUGCUGAAGUUGGAAUAAACUUACGUCUGAAUGUUUAUUUGUUCUUCAGUUGAGAUUUUGCAGCUUUUAUAUAAAAAUUCAACUGUCAAAACUUGAGAUCAAGUUAUAAAUUAACCUUUUUUUCAUAGAUGAAAUUUAUUUUAGUAAAACUUGCAAAUCAGUGGCUUAAUCUUAAGGGGAAAAAAAUAGUCCUUUCAGUGGUGACAUAACUUGGCUAUUUAUCGACCUCCGUCUCAUAUUUUACAAUUCAUUUCCCCCUUAUGGAUAUUUACAGUAAUUUGUUUAAUAACUAUAAUAAAUUGUGCCAAGUAUACAGAAAGGGAAGACAGAUGGAUUUGUUUUCAAAUAUUUAUGUGAGCCAGUAAAUGUGGUUGAAAAAAUCUUUUUUGUUUGUUUCUUUUUUUCCUGUAGUCAGUAUUCAUUGAGGUGAAACUAACUACUGAACUGCCUUGGAGGGAGCUGGAAUAAGAUACAUUCAGUGGAGCUAAUGGUUCUUUUGUUGUGUUGGGCUUAUUGGAAUAUGCAGUGGCUAAAAACAAGAUGGGAAAUUCCUGCUAUUCCACUAACUUUAGACUUGACAACUACUAGAUUUUUCUAAACUAAAAGCCAACUCAGGGCUGCUGGUGAAGCCCUCUAAAGAACAAGGACACGUGUUAUUAACAAAUCUAUAUAUUUUAUAACUUACUGGCUGAGUAAAUAAUUAUUGAGAGCUAAAGAACUUUUAUUUCCAAAUAAUAAGAAAAAUAGAGCU